AGCGCUGAAAUAUGCCUGAACCAGCCAAGUCUGCGCCCAAGAAGGGCUCCAAGAAAGCCGUGACCAAGACCGCCGGGAAAGGCGGCAAGAAGAAGAGAAAGACCAGGAAGGAGAGCUACGCCAUCUACGUGUACAAGGUGCUCAAGCAGGUCCACCCCGACACCGGCAUCUCCUCCAAGGCCAUGAGCAUCAUGAACUCUUUCGUCAACGACAUCUUUGAGCGCAUCGGCGGAGAGGCCUCCCGCCUGGCGCACUACAACAAGCGCUCCACCAUCACCUCCAGGGAGAUCCAGACCGCCGUGCGUCUCCUGCUGCCCGGAGAGCUGGCCAAGCACGCCGUGUCCGAGGGCACCAAGGCCGUCACCAAGUACACCAGCUCCAAGUAAACUGCUCCACCACAAUAUACACACAC